CAGAAGAAGAAGAAGAAGUUGAAACCGGAAACUCCUUUUACUUCAAAACAACAAGCACGAUGGCGGCGACAGACGCAGAAACAGACCGUGAGAAGGGAAAACUGGAAUUCUCUCUGGACGUCCCCUUCCCGUCGUCUCGUGAGGCCGUCAUCGCUCUGCGCUCUCUGUCGCCAGACCGAGAGCCGAGGAAAGGCGGCAUCAGCAAACAGCUCACGCUGUCCGGCAGCACGCUGUCCGUGAGGUGGAGCGCAGAUGAAGCUCGAAUCCUCAGAGUGUCUGUGAACUCGUUUCUGGAUCAUCUGUUGCUCGUCAUGGAGACCAUGGAGAUGUUUGGUCCCCCUGUUUCCCAGUGAAGUGACAAAUAUUCAGAAGUAUUUAGAUUGAGUUUCCAAUCGCUGGACACGACUCAGGUGCGACAAGUGGAAGAAACAGCAACGGAUGUUUGAGCAACUGGCAGCUUAGACUGUGUUUACCUUUGUUUUAUCGCGUAAAAUCUGAUUGUUUAAGUGGCGCUGAGCGGCCGCUGGUUUCAGUCUGGUUGGUUUUUAUUUAAUCUUCCUUUGUAAAAAAUAAAAGGCAGCAGAUCAGAAAGGUAUCAACUGUGUCUUGGCCAUUAGUUCACUUCACAUAUUAAUAUAUAAUAUAAAAUAUUAAACAAAACAAGUCAUGUGAAGACGACUUCUUGGUCUCUGGGAAACUGUGAUGGACACUUUUUAUUCUGUUUUUUAAAUUUUAUAGACUUAAUGAUUAAUCGGGAAACUAAUCAUCAGAUCAGUCUUUUACACUUUAUUUUAACCCCCUGGUAUUUAGCAUUUAUAAGCAGUAUAAUGAACAUUAGCAUACAUAAAAUAAAAGUAGCUCCACCUCAGUGUUAAAAUGCUGCUCCAACAUUGAUGCAUCCAUAUUAAUAAUCACAUUUUUUUUACUUUUCAUAAUUUAAAUAGUUUUUUUUCUUUUAAUAAUUUAGUUUUACUGAAGUAGAAUGUUAAACGCAGUCCUUUUACUGGUAACAGAGUAUUGGCACAUUGUUGUACAGGUAUUUUCGCCUACGGAAAGGACCUGAAUACUUCCAUCGCUGUAGAUAAUUGACGAGGCCAUGCUACACUGAUACAGACCAGCAGAGGGCGCUGGAUGAUCAAAAAUUCAUCUACCUGUUUGUGCUUGCACCUGUUUUUGAUUUUGUUUCAGAGCAACACAAAAAUGUCUUUUUCUCUCAGGAGAGGUGAAAUAAAACAUAAAGUAGUUCAACCUCUCUUUCAACUUUGUAUCCUACUAAGUUAAAUCAAAUUAAAAACAUUAAUUUUGCUGUCCUCGAGUAAA